AUGGUUGAACAAGUGGAAUUCCCGUUGCAACUAGUUGAAGAAGCACACAUAGAAGCAGCUCGUCCACUCAGAUUGCAGAGCAGGAUACCGCUCCCAAAGCCACUAGUCGUGAGGGGAAACAUAUCCCAAUCGUGGCGCGAAUUUCGACAGAUUUGGGAUUCAUACGAGAUCCUGGCCAACCUCAAACUACCAGAUAUGAAGGAGCACAGGAUCGCUACAUUCAUAACGUGCAUAGGACAAGAUGCUCUUAGAAUAUACAAUGCACUGCCAUUUGCAGACGAUGCGGACAAGAGGGACCUGGAUAAGGUUCUUGAAGAAAUGGAGAAGUAUUGCCUCGGGGAAACUAAUGUCAUUUAUGAACGUUUCCGUUUCAACCAGAAAGCUCAAAGAGAGGGUGAGUCUUUUGAUCAAUUCUUGACAGACCUCAAAGAAUUGGCCAAGACGUGUCAAUUCGGACAGAUGCAUGAUGAGCUACUGAGAGACAAAAUAGUAGUGGGUGUUAGAGACGACACAUUGAGAAAACAACUACUACAGGAAAAGGAACUUACGCUAGCGACAUGUGUAUCAGUCUGUCGAGCAUGCGAAACGACAGCUGCACAUAUGAAGGAGAUGGGCAACAAUGAAACGCAACAGGUUCAUGCAUUCAGAGCCAAACAGAAGAGCUUUGGCAAGCAACGCAGACAAUUACCACGUGCAGAAAUGUCAACACACAAGGAAUGCAAAUAUUGUGGUAAGGACCACAAGUGGGGCAAACAGCACUGUGCUGCGUAUGGGAAGUUGUGCAAAAAAUGCAAUAAGCAGAAUCAUUUUGCACAGAUGUGCAGGUCAAGUGCGAAAUCCGGAACAAAGCAAGCAGCCGUCCACAUGAUGCGAUAUGAUUCCGACAGCAUGUAUGAAGACAGCAGUGAUGAUCAACGCUGGAGCAAACAGCAAGUAGUGACACUAACGUUGACGCCGCGUGAUGACGAAAUCAACGUGUUAGAUGGCAGAAGAUAUGAAAACAAGUUAUGUACAACGUUGACAGUUGAUGAAACGCCUAUCCGAUUUCAGAUGGAUACAGGUGCCACAUGCAAUGUCAUCAGGAAACAAGAUAUUCCACAUAGAAGAUUGAAUGACUUGCAGCAGACAACACAAACACUUACUCAAUACAGUGGAGCAGAGAUUAGACCACUUGGGAAGUGCAUACUGCGUGUCAAAAAUCAGAAGAAUGCGCAAACCUAUGAUGUUCAGUUUGUUGUGGUGGAUAAUGCAGCUACUACAUCCAUAUUAGGAGCUCAGACAUCACAAGCCAUGAGUCUAAUCAAAGUGGACUAUGACAACAUCCAGAUGAUACAAGAGACUGAACAGCCACAGGGGAGAGUCACAUGGAAACAAACCAUGCUCACUAAAGAAUUGAUUACUCAAAAAUAUGCUGAAGUAUUUGAAGGAGAACUUGGCACACUUCCAGGAGUAACACAUUUGGACAUCGACCCCAUGAUACAGCCAGUGAAACAGCCACCGAGACGACUUCCAAUUGCCAUGAAAGACAGAUUGAAAGCAGAGUUGCAGAGACUUGAACGCUUAGAGAUUAUACAGAAAGAAGAGGCACCCACAGAUUGGAUCUCAAGCUUAGUAGUGGUGAAGAAGCAAAAUGGGAAGCUACGAGUCUGUAUAGACCCACAACCACUCAACAAAGCAUUAAAACGAAGUCAGUAUCAAAUGCCGAUACUAGAGGACAUUCUACCAGAGCUAUCAAAAGCAAAAAUUUUCAGCGUGUUAGAUGUGAAGAAUGGCUAUUGGCAUGUACGACUUGAUGAACCCUCCAGCAAGCUUACGACAUUCAACACACCAUAUGGGAGAUACCGCUGGAAUAGAUUGCCAUUUGGGAUCACGCCAGCACCGGAAAUUUUUCAAAGGGCACUGGACAGUGCAAUUCAUGGACUUGCCGGAAUAUACACGAUUGCAGACGAUAUUUUAGUAGUUGGCAGUAGCACAACACAUGAUGAAGCAAGGAAAGAUCAUGAUGAGAAUUUGCUACGACUACUACAGCGAUGCAGGAAUCAAGGAAUAAAGUUGAACAAAGACAAAUGCUACAUUGCAACACAGAAGGUAGCCUACAUGGGACACGUGCUUACGUCUCAAGGGAUUGAGCCGGAUGAUGACAAGAUAGAAGCAAUAGUGAAGAUGCCACCACCACAGGAUGUACAGGGAGUGAGGCGAUUUAUUGGUAUGACCAACUACUUAUCAAAGUUCAUGCCACACCUGUCCGACCUCCUCGACCCGCUCCGACAGCUAACUAAACAACACAUCCAGUGGGAAUGGACUGAUGUCCGGGAAAUAGCAUUCAAUGACAUCAAGAGAACAGUAACAGCAACACCUGUACUCAGGUACUUUGAUCCCAAGGACGGAACAACUAUACAGUGUGAUGCAUCUCAAACAGGACUAGGAGCUGUAUUGAUGCAAUCAGGUCAACCAGUAGCAUACACCAGCAGGACUUUAACUGACACUGAGCAACAAUAUGCUCAGAUAGAGAAAGAACUUCUAGCAAUUGUGUUCGGAAUGGAGAAGUUCAACACGUACACCUAUGGAAGAAUAAUCAAAGUAGAAACGGAUCACAAACCACUCGAGACGAUCCACAGAAAACCAUUGCACACAGCACCGAAGAGGUUGCAGAGGAUGCUCAUGCGCUUGCAAAAGUACAGUUUUACCGUAGAAUACAAACAAGGGAAACAAAUGGUAUUGGCAGACACAUUGUCCAGAGCCUACCUACAACACACACCACGAGACUGUGAACGCAUAGAAGUAUUCCAAGUAAAACAUAACUUGGCAAAAGAGUGUGAACAAAUAGAUAUGCUACAAGAUGUUCAGGUGUCACAAGUGAGGCUAGCUGAUAUCAGAAAUGCCACAAAGACAGACACGGCCAUGCAGCAGCUGAAACAGACGAUUCUACAGGGAUGGCCCGACAACAAACAUACACUACCAGGAUCCAUUGCUGAAUUUUUCAAUGUGAGAGAUGAACUAGUCAUACAGGAUGACAUCAUUCUCAGAGGAAACAGAGUUGUGGUACCAAGAAGUUGCCGCCCAGAUAUGCUACAGCGGAUUCACACAUCACACAUUGGAGUGAAUGGAUGCUUGAGGAGAGCCAGGGAGUCAUUAUACUGGCCAGGGAUAACAGCCGAAGUAAAAAACCAUGUUAGCCGAUGUCACAUAUGCCGGACCUAUGAAACUAGGCAAACAAAAGAAAAGUUGCAAACUCAUGAGAUUCCAGACAGGCCAUGGGCCAAAGUUGGAGUAGACUUAUUUACAUUCCAAGGACGUGAAUAUCUACUCACAACGGACUAUUAUAGCAACUAUUGGGAGACGGACAGAUUGUUAACUACUACUUCAGAAGAAGUUGUCAAAAAGCUGAAAGCACACUUUGCUCGAUAUGGAAUACCCGACAUACUGAUAUCAGAUAAUGGUCCUCAAUUCUCUUCCAGUUACUUUCGAACCUUUAUAAGGAAAUGGGACAUUACACACAAGACCAGCAGUCCGGGGUAUCCACAGUCGAAUGGCAAAGUCGAAAACAACAUUAAAACAGCGAAAAACCUCAUGAAGAAAGCCUAUCGAGCAAAUGCAGAUCCAUGGCUGGCGAUCGUAGAUUUUCGAAACACCCCUACACAAGGUAUGACCACUAGUCCAGUCCAAAGGCUGAUGAGUCGCAGGACUAGAAGACUACUGACGACAGCAACAUCAUUAUUGAAGCCCAAGGUCACUCAAGAACUUGAAGCUCUCAGACAAUCCAAAGAACAACAAAAGAAAUACUAUGACAGAACAGCUAGAGACCUACCUGAAUUAAAAGAACACCAAACUGUAAGAAUUCAACCGUUUGGAAGGUCUCAAGAAUGGCAACAAGCUAAAGUGAUUAAACAGCUACCCAACCGAUCUUACAACGUUGAGGCAGCCAAUGGAAGAACCUACAGAAAAAAUCGAGUUCAUCUCAGAGAAUCAAAGGAGACGUUUUGCAAACAACCAAUUGGAGAUAGUAUGACUGAGCUAGAACUACCCACCAAGCAAACAACACCAUCAAAGAAGACUCAAGAAACAACAGCCCCUCCAAGCAAACCAAGACCUCAGAAGACAGUUACUACCAGAAGAGGCAGAACAAUCAACAAGCCAGUCUAUCUAAAAGACUAUGUUUUAAAGUAGAAAGAAACUGUUAUGUUCUGUUUUGUUUUAGCAGUAAUGUAGAGUUGAGAUUGUUCCAAGAGUAUAGAAGCAUGCUAAAACUAAAAAAAAAGGAAAAGGGAUGUAAUAGGAUGUCAUUAGAUUAUACACUUGUAUAAGUAGUGAUCAUAUAUCACAAUACAAUCAGUCCU